GUCUUAUGACAGAGUUUUAUGAACAGUGAUAUUUCUUGGAGAUUCCCUUAUAUGAACUUUAAUGCACAUGCAACACCACUCGAGAGAGAAAGAGACUGGUUCGCUGUUUGCUUAGGAAGUUCUUUCUUUCAAUGUCUUCCAAGAUGGAACAUAAGCCUCGUCGACUUUACUUUUUGGAGAUUAUGUCUACGAGAAAGAACGUGAUCGUUGUCGUCGGCAUCAUUGUUCUAUUGAUCCUCAUCAAUCUCGGGUUCGUCCUUCGAGGACUACUUGAUAUUUCUUCAGAUCCAGUUUAUAAACCGAAGGCACGUUUCCGAAAUGAAGAACAAGAUGAACGUAUAUCCACGAUUGGGACUUUAUACGACAGUGUAAUAAACUUGUCAACCAAUGCUCCAGUUGAUAAGAUGACAUCAUCUAAUAUAUUUUUCAUGGAUGAGCAAGAUGCGAUCCAGAAAGCCAGACGAGCGCAAGUAAGCCACACUUGUAUCAAGAACAGUUCAGGUGGGACAUUCACAGAUUUUAUGAAGUUAAGCAGUCAUUACCUUAUUGUUGAUGAGAAGUACAAGCUCAUCUAUUGCUCAGUUCCAAAGGUCGCUUCUACCAGCUGGAAACGAGUACUUCUGGUCCUGAGGGGAAUUAUGAAGGACACCUAUGAUCUCUCACAGUCAGACGUUAACAACAAAGUAGCGCCCCAGAAACUAAAGUAUCUUCGGUUUUACCCGGAGGAGGACAUUCGGAGGAUGCUGAAAGAAUUCACCAAGUUUUUAGUCGUUCGAGACCCCUUCUCAAGAAUUUUGUCAGCUUUCAGGAAUAAACUAGACCCUCUGUCAGACUUUAGGAAAUGUGAUAUCUGGCAGAAGGGUAUUGGUAUGCAUAUUCUGAAGAAAUACAAACCUCAGUCUCUCAUUGGACCAAGUCGUCCUGUAUUCAAGAGACUCUCAACACCAAAAGGGGUGGUCCGCUAUGACUUAAACAUGGCUGACUUUGUCAAGUUCUUGGUAGACCCUCUAGAGAAAAACGACGAAGAACAUUGGUCAGAAAUCCAUAAAUUGUGUUCUCCGUGUCUAGUCGAGUAUGAUAUAAUAAGUAAAUUUGAAACGUUGGACACAGACGCUGAAUAUAUUCUCCGUCGUAUACACGCAGACUCUAUCGUCCAAUUUCCAUCAUCGAUUGGAAGUAGUCCUACGAAUAGCUCUAAUACUGCGUCAAUAAAGUCAUAUUUCAAAGAUGUACCACGGAGCGACUUGGAUAAACUAUACAGACGCUAUCAGUUAGACUUUGAGCUUUUUGGUUAUGAUAACCCCGACAUGGGCCUAUCGUAGUAAGUGCAUUACUUGUGUUAUUUACAGAAUAAUACUUUGUCUCAAUGCCAGUAUUUAAUGUUAUAUAGAUGUGUGAAUACAUUAAACCUAUAUUUUUAUAUUUCGUCUGAUUUAGAUGCAUAUUAGGAAAUUGAAGUGAAUGGAAAUAGUUUAAAAAAUCAUUUCAUAUCAUCAUUUCAGAACUCAUGUACCAUUAUUAUAAAUAUUUGAA